AUGACAUGGAUUAUCGCGCCUUUCCCCGUUUUAGGGACUUUCUUUGAAGCACUUUUUGAUAAACAACAUUGUAUCAACUUUUUCUUAGAUGUCGGCGUUUCUAUAAGACGGAACAGAGGCUCUCAGUCCCCCAAAGCCACAGCUUUAGGUGAUAUUCCUCAUAGUACCGCUUAUGAGCUUAUAAACGAGUUCAAUGCUAGUUAUGACACCGUUCUCCUUGGCAGCAAGAAUCAAGCGUUCCCAGGUCUUGGAAUUCCUAUUAGUGGUCUUUACAAGCAUAUCAGAGAAAAAUGUAUUUUAUCAUUGAAACAGGCAACCAAGUAA